AUGUCUGAUGUGGAGGAACAAGAUGAAGGUGAUUUGAACAGUUCUUCGGAUAAAGAAGAUGCCACCUUCAACGAUUCUGAUUAUAGCCUUGGUGAAGAAGUUAUCGAGGUUACUUUGACUGCAGAAGAUAAGCUGAAGGUGGCUAGCAACUUGGCGCCGGAGCUCGAAGUUGCCGUAGUGAAGGCCACGAGCCACGACGAUGACCCUGCAUCAGAGAAAUACAUCAGGGAGAUUCUGCAAUUGACAUCGUAUUCUCGCGGAUACGUGAAUGCUUGUGUGUCUUUGAUAUCUAAAAGACUUGGAAAAACCCGGGAUUGGAUAGUUGCCCUUAAGUGUUUGAUGCUUGUUCAUCGUUUGCUUAAUGAUGGAGAUGCUAUUUUCCAGCAGGAGAUCAUGUACGCUACAAGAAGGGGUACUAGGUUGUUGAAUUUAUCGGAUUUCCGUGAUGAGGCUCAUUCGAAUUCAUGGGACCACUCGGCUUUUGUGAGGACUUAUGCUUUGUACUUGGAUCAGAGGCUUGACUUGAUAGCAUUUGAUCGGAAACAGAGUGGAAAUGGCGGUGAAAUUGAGAAAAUUGGGUCCAGAGACGAGAGGUUUAAUUAUAGAUCGCCUCCGGGCUCAAAUAGGGGCUAUGAUUAUGAUUAUAACGAGUUUCGGGACGAGCCAGGGUAUGGGAUGAGAAGAUCAAGAUCAUCUGGGGACGUGAGGGAGUCCACAGAGGUGGGGAAAGAUGUGACUCCGUUGAGGGAAAUGAAGCCUGAAAGGAUUUUCGGAAGGAUGGGUCAUUUAAAGAGUCUUUUGGAUCGGUUUUUGUCGUGUCGGCCUACUGGUUUGGCCAAGAAUGAGAGAAUGAUUCUGGUGACUUUGUAUUCUAUUGUGAAGGAGAGUUUUAAGUUGUAUGCUGAUGUUUGUGAGGUUUUGGCUGUGCUUCUGGACAAGUUUUUUGAUAUGGAGUAUCAGGAUUGUGUUAAGGCUUUUGAUGCCUAUGCUAUUGCUGCUAAACAGAUUGAUGAGCUAUCGGGUUUUUAUGGCUGGUGCAAGGAUAUAGGUGUGGCGAGGUCGUCGGAAUACCCAGAAGUGCAGAGGAUUACUAGUAAGUUGUUGGAGACUUUGGAAGAGUUUGUGAGGGAUAGGGCUAAGGUUACAAAGAGUCCGGAGAGGAUUGUGGAGAGCCAACCAGUGGUGGAGGAGGAGCCGGUACCAGAUAUGAAUGAGAUUAAGGCGUUGCCGCCUCCAGAGAAUUAUUCCCCUCCACCACCACCUGAGCCGGAGCCUCCUAAGCCUGUAAUUCAGGAGAGUGGCGAUUUGGUGGAUUUGAGGGAUGAAGGAGCGACAGCAGAUGAUCAAGGAAAUAAGUUCGCUUUGGCAUUGUUUGCAGGGCCAGUGGCAAACAAUGGGAAUGGUUCCUGGGAAGCAUUCCCAUCCAAUGGGGAGCCGGAGGUGGUUUCUGCUUGGCAGAAUCCUGCUGCUGAAAGCGGUAAGGUUGAUUGGGAACUGGCCUUGGUGGAGACUGCAAGUCAUUUGUCUAAGCAGAAGGCGGCAAUGGGUGGUGGGCUCGAUCCUUUGUUGUUGAAUGGGAUGUAUGAUCAGGGAAUGGUUAGGCAACAUGUGAGCACUGCCCAACUGAGUGGUGGCAGUGCCAGCAGUGUGGCAUUGCCAGGGCCAGGGAAGAGUACAACUCCUGUGUUGGCACUCCCUGCACCAGAUGGUACAGUUCAGACGGUUGGACAAGAUCCAUUUGCUGCAUCUUUGAACAUUCCUCCACCUUCAUAUGUGCAAAUGGUAGAUAUGGAAAAGAAGCAGCACUUACUAGCGCAGGAGCAGGUGGUAUGGCAACAGUAUGCCCAACAAGGCAUGCAAGGCCAAGCUUCUUUGACCAAGAUCAAUGCUGGUGGAUACUAUGCUCCUGGCGUACAACCCAUGAUGUCUUAUGGAAUGCCACCAGUAAAUGGAGUGGGACUACCCCCUACCGGGUAUCUGUUUUUCGAACUGGAGUUUAGGCUUUAUUGA